CAACCCUGUUUGCACGUGUUUUCUAUAUACUUUAUUACAAGUGGCAAGUCGAUACAUACAAACUUUAUUUCAGAACAACAUGUAAAUACAUAAUUAUUAAGAAAAAGGAAACCCAGAGGUUAGCUAUUAGUCGAUCUUCAGCUAUUAAAAUUUUUCACCCAAGAAAGAACAUAUAUUUGAUACAACACAAUCAAGAACGAGCUGACCAACGUUUUCAUCCAAAUAGCAAUGUCACAGAUAAAAUGGAUUAACGGUGUGUGCAACAAUCGUAAGGUAGAACGCAUUUGCCCAGAACGACACGUACAACAGAAAGAAUGGAAGAAUCCUGAAUGGAAUCAAGGAUUUCGUGGACGUAGGAUAUACCACUUCAUAUCAGACUACGAAUGCCCUUUUCCUUAUAAAAACCAUAUGCCAGUUCUCGACGAGCUUAGCGAAAAAGGAUUGAAUAUUUUGCAGUCUUUCAAACAGCAAGGAUAUCCAAUUGCAAUCAAUAAUCUGGUUCAUUGCACAGAUAAUAAGGAUGAUAUAAUUAUCUCACACGGCUUUAUAGGCAGAGAAAAGAAGAUCAACGAGAUUAACGGCAAGGACAUCUAUGCUGAUCUGUGUUGGUGGGCUCCACUCGUCGAGGAAGAUGAUAAGAAAAGUUUGCGAGCUCAUAUGGGAAAUUGUUUCUUGAAAGUCUUUGAUCACGAUAUCGAAACAAUUAAUGACAUUAAAGACCUGUUUGGAAUCUCCUUAGCAUUUGAAGUGUAUUCUAUUUGGAAACUAUACAAAACGUGUAGACAUUACUUUCAAUAUUCAAUGGACGAUUUGCUUGAAUAUUAUCAAGGUUACAUUGGCGAUGAGAAGAUAGAGUUUCGAAUAUUAGGAACCUUUGCAUACAAAGUAAAAGUAGAAUACAACGUUCUAGUAUGCAGUGAAAGCGCGGGGAAGAAUGAAUUUUCUCAAUACCCACACAUACAAGAGAGCAACGUCGUAAGGAGAGAUAGCGAAGGCAACUGGAAGUGGUAUCCACAGGCGACUGGAAAGGAUGAAAUCAAGCGUUUUGAUGGUAGUAAAGAUCCCGAGUAUAGACGUUAUGAUUGUGUGUCUUUUGCAUUUCAUGUGCCAAAGGAAAAACAUUUAAGAUCGAUAACUUGGACAAACAUUUCCAUAAAAUAUAAUAGGAGCUUUCCAGUGAUUUAAAGCAAGCUUUCUCUUUCACGCAAAUAUAACAAAAAUUAAGAAAUCAGCUGAGCAAAACCUUAAUGAUAUGAGAAUAUUUUCAAGCGACGCACGAAUUACUAAAGUUAAUCAUCAUUUGUAAUAAAGGUCGAUCUCUGAAAAUAAAAAAAUUGUAGACGUCAUCUCUUCGAAAAA